AGCUCCAUUUCUUAGGACACGACGCAAACCACGCCAUCCGCUUUCUCUCUCUCUCCUCGCUUCUUCUUCAAAUCGAACCCUUCUCUUCUCCUUUUCGCUUCUCUUCCCUCCGCCUUCCGCUCUCCAUUUUCUCUGUCACUUUCUCUCUGCUCGCGACUUUCAGUUCUUGGAAUAUCUUCUUCUUGGAUUCUUUUCAUGGCUUCUUUUUCGCUUCUAGGGUUUCUAGGCUUUUGGGUGCUCCAUUCGCUGGAACGAGCUCGAGCAAAAUGAGGACUGAGCCCGGCUUCCCGCUGGUCUUCCUCGCUUCUUUAAUUGAGCUGGAAUUGGAGGGUUUUGCGAGGUGCUGAUCUGUAGAUUGCUGGACGAGCUCGUGGGAUUUUGCUCGCCCGGGUGUUCGAAUGGCUUUGCUCUGAUAAAUCUGUGCUGGAGAGAAGGAUGAGAUCGGGCGGUCAAAGUUUGGAUUUUUGGUUGCGGGUUAAGAAGGACAGCUCCUUCAAUUUUGGUAUCUGUUGGACGAAAAUCCAUUCUUUGCUGGGCUUCAUCAUUUGUCGGUCCUUUUUCUUUUGAAUGCUGCUAUUGAGGGUGGAGGCUAUUGUUUUAAAUGAAUACAAGAGUUUCUUAUCCAGUUGAUUCUAGAGCUGUGGUUAUGAUUAGGAUUCUUAGAUAACUGCGAUAAGAGUUCUUUACCUUUUUAAAAUGCUUCCAUGGUGGGGGAAAUCUUCCACUAAAGAUGUGAAGAAGAAGCCAACAAAGGAUACUUUCAUUGAUACGUUACAUCGAUUUUUCAAUCCAACUGAUCAAAAGGGUAAUGUGAAAUCAGGAGGGACUCAAAGACGUGGUAGUGAUAUAAACUCUGAGAAGGGGCCCAGAUCAAGAGCAGAAUCACGGUCAACAUCACCAUCUACACAGGUAUCACGUUGUCAAAGUUUUGCAGAUAGACCACAUGCCCAACCACUUCCUCUCCCUGGCCUGCGCUCAGGCAUUACACGCUCCUCCUCAGAAGUCAGUACGUCAAAGCCAGUUUUGGAAGGUGGCAGACACCAGUUGCAUUUACCACUUCCCAGACCUAAUCACAAUACAAAAAGGCCAGAUCUUACUGAUGUGGAUGGAGAUUUGGCUAUUGCUUCAUUUUCUAGUAACUGCUCCGUUGACAGUGAUGAUCCAGCAGAUUCUCAACUUCAGAGCCCUGUAGGAAAUGAUUUUGAAAAUGGAAACAGAGCUAUUGCUAACAACCAGUCCAGUGUGGUGCAUAAAGAUCGGUCUCAUGUAGUUACUCAAAAGAACUUGAGAGAGAUUAACAAGCCAACAAAUUUGUUUUUCACUAACCAAAUUCUUUCAACAUCACCCAAGCAAGGUGCACUGAACAGUAACCAUUCCAAUAUCCAUGUUCCUCUGCAUGGUGCUUUUGGAAGUGCCCCAGACAGUUCAAUGUCAAGUCCUUCUAGAAGUCCUAUGAGAAUUGUAUGCCCGGAGCAGAUUCCCACCUCAGCUUUUUGGGCAGCGAAGCCUCAUGCAGAUGUCACUUUUCUUGGAUCCGGUCAAUGCUCCAGUCCAGGCUCUGGUCAGACCUCUGGGCACAAUUCAAUGGGAGGAGAUAUGCUAGGGCAGUUAUUCUGGCAGCACAGCAGGGGUAGCCCAGAGUGUUCUCCAAUACCUAGCCCAAGAAUGACAAGUCCUGGUCCUAGCUCUAGGAUACACAGUGGAACUGUCUCUCCGCUGCAUCCCCGUGCUGGGGGGACAGCACCAGGAUCGCCUACAAGCAGGAAUGAUGAGGGGAAGAAGCAAAGCCACCGGCUGCCACUACCCCCAAUAAAUAUUUCUGUUUCUCCUUUUCCUCCAAACAACUCAACAUUAAAUACUCCUCCCUCAAUACCUCGAAGUCCUGGAAGGACAGAGAAUUCCACGAGCCCUGGAUCACGGUGGAAGAAGGGAAAGUUGAUUGGGCGCGGCACGUUUGGCCAUGUCUAUGUUGGUUUUAACAGUGAGAGUGGUGAAAUGUGUGCAAUGAAGGAGGUUACCCUCUUCAUGGAUGAUCCUAAGUCAAAGGAGAGCACAAAGCAAUUGGGGCAAGAAAUAUCUCUCUUGAGUCGGUUACGUCAUCAGAAUAUAGUGCAGUAUUAUGGAAGUGAGAUGAUAGAUGAUAAGCUAUAUAUCUACUUGGAAUAUGUCUCUGGCGGUUCCAUCCAUAAACUUCUUCAAGAGUAUGGGAAACUUGGUGAACCAGCAAUUCGUAGCUAUACUCAGCAAAUCCUUUCAGGCCUAGCAUAUUUGCAUGCUAAGAAUACCGUCCAUAGAGACAUCAAAGGGGCAAAUAUUCUUGUAGACCCAAAUGGCCGUGUUAAGCUGGCAGAUUUUGGGAUGGCAAAACAUAUUACUGGACAAUCAUGUCCCCUAUCAUUCAAGGGAAGUCCCUACUGGAUGGCACCAGAGGUUAUAAAAAACACAAAUGGCUGCAAUCUUGCUGUGGACAUAUGGAGCCUAGGAUGCACUGUUUUGGAGAUGGCUACAUCUAAACCACCAUGGAGCCAGUACGAAGGGAUAGCAGCUAUGUUCAAGAUUGGUAACAGUAAGGAGCUUCCAGCAAUCCCUGAUCAUCUCUCAGACGAGGGCAAGGAUUUUAUAAGGCAAUGUCUACAACGUGAACCACCUAACCGUCCUACAGCAGCUGACCUUUUGCAGCAUCCGUUUGUGAAAAAUGCAGCUCUGCUGGAAAAGUCUGUUGUCAAUUUUGAACCUUUGGAACAACCUACUGUUGUUUCAAGUGGGGCAAAUUCCAAGGUAAAAUUUCAGGGCAUUGGGCAUGCUAGAAAUCUUUCCUCGCUGGACAUGGAAGGACUGGCAUUUCAUCGGAUAAGGGGUGCGAAGGCUUCUACACUAACCGGUGAUAUGCAUAUGGGGAACAUAUCUUGUCCUGUCUCUCCAAUCGGAAGCCCUCUUCUGAAUUCGAGGUCUCCACAACAUAUCAAUGGAAGGAUGUCCCCUUCGCCCAUAUCAAGCCCUAGAACCACCUCAGGCUCAUCCACACCUUUGACAGGUGGCAAUGGUAUUCCAUUUAAUCACCCCAAACAGUCAACUUACCUUCAAGAGGGUUUCAUAGGCAUGUCAAGAUCCCCAAAUGAUCUCUAUCCUAUUGGGACUACCUAUCAUGAUCCCAAGCUUGAUCUUUUUAUGGGGAUGCAGCAGGGCUCUCCUGUUCUUCGGGAAAGGAUGGCAUCUGAAUCUGACAUUUUCAGUGCUCAAUUUGCAAGGACAGGACCUGGGAAUCUCUGGGAUCCAUAUGAAAGGCAGUCUGUACUGGACUAUCAUGUGCCUCAUCAGAUUGUGAAAGAUCACACAAAGCUGAACCCUUGACUAGACUUUAAGCCCUGAUUUUUCUAUCCUUGGCAGCACAAAUUGUAUCUGAUUUUGUUAAGAGCUGGUCAGCCAGUGCUGGCUUGUUUUGAGCUUAGUGGAUUAUUUUGUUGGUUCUGGCAUGGUUAGAUCAUUUUCAUUUUCUUAGGAAACUAAUCUUGUAUGAUUAAGUGCCCGAGGUGAACCAUAGGAUAAAUUUUUGGAAAGUUGGAGGCUGAAGAAGUGGUCUUGAAGUUCAUGUCCACCGUGCAUCAAGUUCAUAUUGGGCGUCGUAUAACAACGCAGAGGAUAUGGAGUGACUGCAAAUAAAGCUCAAUUUCACAGUUUUACUGCUUUGCUUUGUAUUAAUACUUGUUCAACUCACUGGUUUUCCACAGAAUAGACUGUCUUAUUGUGAACCUGCUGUUGGAAUUUGAAGUUGAAUUUUCAGAUUGAGGACGGCAUUCAAUGGUUAUAUUAAAACCUGCAGUGUGCAUACAGUGAGAUUUCAACAGUUCAUGGUUGAUGACUGUAUAUUUGAAACCAUCAAACAUGAGAAGCAAGAAAUCUGGAAAUAGUAGGAUUUGUGCUUGUAUACUCUUUUUUUGGGGUCCAAGACCAUUGUACAGAAGAUGAGAAACUACAUUCUGUGACCAGAUUUUGCACCACAAAGAUGGUCGAGCUUUCGAGAAAUUGUGUUGCCAGUUCAUUCCCAACCUCAUCAGAUUUAUAUUGUCAGUUUGGAUAUUGAGAUGUUGGUUGAGGUGCCAGAGCCAUAUCAUUGUUGUAUGUGCACCUGCUAGAAAUUACAAAAGAAAAAAAAAACGGCUGGCAUUCUUUGCUGAUCUUGCAGCAUUUCUUCUGUUGUUUCUUUUCUCGGUUCUCUAUCCUUGCUGAUAUAAUCUGGGUUAUGUCAGCAGCAGUGUUUUAAUAUUUCUACUGCUGUUACCUGUCCUUUUUUUAAUUUUUCCAACAUUGGCUCUAUGUAACAUUCAAAACAUGUACUCGUGGACAUUUGAUUCUAA